CAGUUUUUCUCAUGUUACUCAAUGCAGCCACUGCACAUACACAUCUCUUUCAUCCAUACUUAGGGCUCUUUUGAACAAAGGCUGACAGUUUAAUCUUGUGGUGUCUGCUAAAGCCAAAUUGUGCUGACUUACGCCUGUAAGUCCUUCCUGCUUUUCAGUAAUGGGGCAGAUGAAACCUCCCAGCUGAAAGGAGGGUCCUUCUGCCACCUCCAGCUCAGGAAGACACACUUUACUACAACUUGGAAAUUAUGUUGGUAGGAAUUUUGAGAGGACCUCAGGUAUUUCAGGACCUGAGUGCAGAAUGGAGACAGUUCACCUUUGCCCCGAGUUAGUAGUUGGAGGCAGGAACUGAAGCACUUGCUCCAGAGCAUUGGUCCAAGGGCAUUAACUGAAGUAAAGCUGUGUCCAGAGUAGUGAAGAAUACAAAAAUGCUAUAGUUCUUAUUUAGUUCACAGUCCUAUAUGGCCUGUACCUACUCUUCCCACAUGAUUUUUUUUUGUAGAUAACUUUUUUUGUGCUUAAGUUCUUUAGCCCCAAUUCAGCAGCUACCUGCACUUGACUACAUAGUUGAAUUGUACUGUUGACAGCAUGGAUAUUUUAGAAGUAUCAGCAAUGCUUUAUGUGGAAAUGCCUUCUGUAAAAGCUUAUGAAACUGAAAUACCUGCAAACUGUUACUGCCAAGUUUAUUAAUUAUCACUAUUUAUUAUGUCUUUUUAUAGACCAAAAAUUGCAUUUAAAUAUUUACCAGUUUCAACAUGCCACUGUGAAGGUUUAGGUGCCCUUGUGGGAUUCCAGAGAUUUAUACUGCCAAGCUCCUGCAUUGAACCAGUUCCACUUGAGCUUGCCUUUCAAACUUUGAAAAUGUUUAGGUCACCCUUAAGGCAGGUGGCAGUUACAGUCUUCAGUUCUAAGACUUGCAUAAAUUCCUUACUGUUUAUGGACAAGGGCAAACCUCUGAUAACUCUUCUCACACGUUUGGAUUAAAUUUUGAGGCUCGCUUUUCUGUGAUGACUGAAAAGCUACUGCAUACUUUCCUAGUUUGCAGCUUGGGAGAAGCAGAGGUAUUACAUAAUCCAGAUGCAACGUGACUGCACUGCCUUUCAACACAGAUUUGAACUCUGCCCAGAGGUGCCACUUGGUUGAAGCAUAAAUGAUCUGUUGUUGUGCAAUAGAAUCAUGUCACCUUUCUUCAAUCAAAAUAUGAUUAUAUGUUAAUCCAUGUGAAACUUGGUGGCUUGCCAGUUGUCUAGGAUGCAAAAUCUUCCUAAACUCCUGAUGAGAUAUUCACAAUCUCCUGGUGAGAACAUACUGCUCUCUGGGUGUAGUUUUUUGAAUAUCUCUGGAGAGCAAAGAGGUGGCACACAAUCUUAAAGCAAUUUGAUAAUCCUCAGCAUUGUCUUGGAGAAAAUAUCUUUUACACAGCUCUUACCGGGCAGUUUAGGGUCUUGGGAAGUUAAUGGAAAAAUUAAUUAUAUGUAACAGGCUUCUCUAUAGUAAAGUGGCUUCUGCUGGAAUAUCUAUGGAAGGGAAAGCAUGACAGCCAGUGUCUUGCUUUUUUUGGGAGAAAAAACCUGAUGAAUUUCUGACAACAUAUAAGAGUGUAUCAGGUAGGAUUGUGCUUCUCAGCUGUUUGAAUUGAGGGGUCAUGAAGCUGUUGUUUGAUGUUUGGUGAUAUUAGUGGAAAAUAGUUUCUUAGUGCUUAAAAUCUUUUGGUUUUUUGGUGCAUUGCUUUUCGGAUACAAGGAAAAGUAUUGAUGGAACAGUGAACAUGAGCUGCAGACAUGCUGGUCUUAAGUGUCUUUUGUCUACUGACACUUGGAAGCAGGUUCCUGGCCAGAUGUUUGAGUGUUGAAUUAUUUUGUUCAGUUGUUGCAAAAGAUCUUCAAACUUCAAAAAAGCCAAAAGAAAAGGCUUUUCUCUUUCAAAAACUUCAAAAACUGUUACAGGUAGACAUUGCCUCAAACUAUUCCUUUUCUCUCUUUUUUUUCCAUACUUCAUUUCUUACAGACAGAGAAAAGCUGGCUUCCAGUAAUUGUGCUGUUUUUCCCUCUUUGGUUCAACUCCUAGAAAAGAACUAAGUGUCACAGUAAUACUAAUUUUUUCCCCUUUGCUCUUUCCUGCUGUUGUUUCCAGGGUUUGUUCCCACUUGUAAACAAGCGGUGCAGGGAAGAUGGAGAUGGGGGAGGAGUUUGGACUCACUGUGCAAAUACCUACAGACAUAUUAAUCUAAAUUGAUGCCUCGUUGAAAAAAAAUCACAGGUGAAGUAAGCAGCCAACAAUGGCUCAUUCAAAGGCUCUCUUAGUGCUGGAAAACUUCAUAGGUGGCACAUUUGUUCCUUGUUCCUCCUACAUAGACUCCUAUAAUCCAUCCACUGGCGAUGUCUAUUGCAGAGUUCCAGACAGUGGCAAGGAAGAGGUGGAAGCUGCUGUCAAAGCUGCCAAAGAUGCUUUCCCAAUUUGGUCCUCAAAAAGUCCAUUGGAAAGAUCUCAGAUCCUGAACAAAUUGGCAGACCUGAUUGAACAUGACCUGGAAGCGUUCGCACAAGCAGAGUCAAAGGAUCAGGGAAAAACUAUUACGUUUGCCAGAACGGUGGACAUCCCUCGGGCCGUGUACAACUUCCGAUUCUUCGCCUCUUCCAUCCUUCAUCACGUCACAGAAUGCACCGAAAUGCCAACCAUGGGCUGUGUGCACUACACCUCGAGGGCACCUGUGGGAGUUGCUGGUUUAAUCAGUCCUUGGAAUUUGCCAUUGUAUUUGUUGACUUGGAAAAUAGCUCCUGCCAUUGCAUGUGGAAAUACUGUGGUUGCCAAGCCAAGUGAGAUGACAUCUGUCACAGCCUGGAUGAUGUGCAAACUCUUGGAGAAAGCAGGGGUGCCUGCUGGGGUGGUGAAUAUCGUGUUUGGCACAGGCACCAAGGCAGGAGAGGCCCUGGUGUGCCACCCCGACGUGCCUCUCAUCUCCUUCACGGGCAGCACGCUGACGGCCCAGCGGAUCGCUGAGAAAAGUGCUCCACACUGCAAGCGGCUCUCGCUGGAGCUGGGAGGCAAAAACCCUGCCAUCAUCUUCAAUGAUGCUGACUUGAGCCAGUGCAUCCCCACCACCGUGAGGUCCAGCUUUGCCAACCAGGGUGAGAUCUGUCUCUGCACCUCCAGGAUCUUUGUUCAGAGGGAAAUAUACAAUGAGUUUUUGAAGAGGUUUGUGGCAGAGGCCAAAAAGUGGAAGACUGGGAAUCCCUCAGAUCCUACAAUGGAUGUGGGAGCACUGAUAAGUAAAGAACAUCUACAAAAGGUAAGGAACUACGUGAAAAAAGCCCAGGCUGAAGGAGCCAGAGUCCUCUGUGGGGAGGGAGUGGAUCCUUUGGCCCUCCCACCUGGCAACCAGAAAGGCUAUUUCAUGCUGCCCACAGUUAUUGCUGAAGUCAAGGAUGAAUCUUGUUGCAUGCAAGAAGAGAUCUUUGGUCCUGUGACAUGUGUGGUAGCAUUUGAUACAGAAGAAGAGGUGAUCAGAAGAGCCAAUGGUGUGAAAUACGGCUUGGCAGCCACGGUGUGGUCCAGCAACGUGGGACGUGUUCACAGGGUGGCACACAGGCUGCAGUCUGGAUUGGUGUGGACCAACUGCUGGCUUGUGAGAGACCUGAACUUGCCAUUUGGUGGGAUGAAAGCCUCAGGCAUAGGCAGGGAGGGAGCAAAGGAUUCAUACGAGUUCUUCACUGAGGUCAAAACCAUCACAAUAAAGCACUGACAUAUGUCAACUGAAGUACUUUAGAGUGAAAUAAAUGACAGCAAUUUGAGUUACCAAAAAUGGCUCCUUAGAAUACAGGCUGCUAUUGUGGCCAUUCCUUUCUUGAACUUUGGUCAAGUAAUAUCAAUGACAGCUGAAAAUGAUCAUCCCAAAUGCUAAUGUUUAAGUCAGUUUUUCAUGUUGGAUGAGAAAGUCAGUGUAGACCUUGAUAUUUUUGACAGUGCAGACAUUGAUAUUUUUGACAUUCCUGCCUUAAAAAUCUGUCCCUUUAAGACAGAUUGGAGAAGGGGUAAUAUAUGACAGCAGCUCUGGUUUGUGAAUUACCUUGAGGGACAAAGUAGCAAGCACGUGGUGAGACUGAUAUUGUAAAGGGGAAUCAGCUCAUUUUCACUCUAAACAGUUGGUCCCAUCCACCCAUAUUGCACUUCACUGAUAAUCAGACAAGGAUUGAUACUACACUGAAAGCCUGAGGAACUAUCUUCAGCCUACUAAGUGGUUUUAAACCAUGGGGUCAUUACAUUCUCUUGAUAUUCAUGGUGACAAUAAAUGUUUUAAUUAUAACCUUCUUUAUGGUAGGGAGCUGAAUCAUCCUAAUACCUGUUCUCUGACUGUUUUGAAACGAAAGCCUUUUGUCACUUCAAGACCUCAGUGAUGGUGGUUUUUACAUCCCUGCACAAAAAUAUUGGCUGCAUCACAAACAGCAUCACUCUUCAUUAAUAGAACCUAGAAUUUACUCCUGAGAGAAUGAACUGUUGGAAAUGUUUGUCACCAAAAUAUAAAACCACUUCCAAUUCUUCCUCAUUUGUUUGCAGAGAUUUUUUUUAAUCAGGUAUAUCACAAACUUGUUUACUUUCAACAAAAAGAGAAACAAGAGUUGGAUACACCUCACAUCUCUGGAUGCCACCUGGUUGCAGAGCAGACCUAGCAGCCAGGUUGGAACUGUGAGCAUUUGAUGGAUUCGGUACAAGAACCCCCGGUUGAAGGCAUAUUAAGGAAAUACGUAAAAAUUAUAGGCUUAGUGAAUUGAAGCAUUCUGAGGCAGGAUUUUAUUUUAAAAACGCCUAGGUCUAUUCAUGACCAUGUGGUGGCAGCAGAACACCUGCUUUGGUGUUUUUAAUCCCCAGUCACUCAGCUGGGAGGGGAAUAAACAGCUAUAUCAGCGUGUGUUUCAUUCUGCCAAUUUCUUUUCUCUUUACACAUCCUGUUUGGAAGGGCAUAAGAACCCAAAAGCUGUGAAACAGUUCAUUAGUUGGGGGGUGACAUGGGCAUGUGGGGGGCAGACAUUUUCAGCAACAGAAGAUGGGAUAUUGCACAAUUAGUAGAAAUCAAUGGAUACAUUCCCCCAUCUGGAUCUGGUCUAGGUUCAUGUUCAAUGAUAUUCAUUUAUUUUCAGGGGUUGAUUUUAUCUUUGCAUUAAAUGUGGUGGGAGAUUUCCAGAUGUAUUUUGCUUGCUGGAGACAAAGGUCUGUGUGUCAUCUACAUGAUUCUGGGCCAGUAGGAGUAUUGGGGUGGGGACAGAGCUCUGCAGGACCCCCAGAUGUGGGAUAUGGAGGUGGUGGCCCUGUGUCCAGCAUGGCUGUGAAGAUUCCUGAGAAGUGAAUUUCUGGGAAACGCCAUUCCAUCAUCCUUGUGUCCAGCACCUCAGAGAGGUAAGGGAAGUCUGCUGGUGCUAAUGAUGCUGCUAACUUUUGGGCAGGAGGAGCUCUCUGUGGCCACACAGAAUUUUUCUGUAUACUAAGAGUUACAAGCUUUCCCAUGUUUUUUAUUCAGACUGACUUCCAGUGUAGCAACAUGUAUGGAUAACUGUCUCAUCUACAGAUGAAGCAGUCCAAGGACUUCUUGCUACAGAUAAUGAAGGUGUCUAUUACAGCUACUUUAUUUCUGAGUUUUCUGCUCUCACUCUAAGUGGACAGUGAAGAGGAUAUCCUGGAGGACAAGGCAGGCUUAUCCAAGUUAUGAGGCUGAUGGUUUUUGCAGAGCUCUUCAGGCUACACAUUCUGGAAUUUUCCAACAUGACAGUAAAGCUUUUUUUUUUUUUUUUUUUUGUAGACUGCCCUGGCUUGAGCAUGAAAUCAUGUGGCCAUUGUGAGGAUUUGUUUAAUUACUGUUAUGUAAAUCUCAAAGAGUUGCUCCAUCUGUUAAUUCUUACUGAUGGAGUGGGUACAGUUCAGUUUAACACUAGAAGAUUAUCUCACUGGUGUGAGAUGAUUACAUGGGGAAGUAUUAAUAAAUUUGCUGUCCUUUACAGCUCUCAGUUAGCAUAGGGUCAUUUCUGUUCUAUUUCACAUCUUUUCUCAGCCUGUUUAUGUUUGUACCCAGUUAUUGUGUAAUGCCUGAAAGCAGCUACAUGCUGCAUGUAGUCUGGAGAGGGGACGCAUCAGCUCUAAUGUUUAUAUUCAAAUCAAGCUAUGUCCAUGUUCCCACAGUGUUUGUAAGUUAGGCAAAGCAAAACGUAUUUGUAAAACUCUCAGGGAUGAAAACAGACUUGACUUUUUGGGUCAGAGAAAGUUUCAUGCCUAAGUGUGCAGAUCAAGAAUGUAAGCUAGACUGGUUUUAAACCCCAAGCUUUGAAUUUCCAAACUUCAGAAAGCUGUACCUUAAGAUUCAACUUCACAGACAGAGUCAGAUACUUAAGACUUUCCUCUUAGUAACAACAACAAAUAAAGGAAAAAGGGGGAAAAAAGACAGUGGGAUUGUGAGGGAACUGUGAGGAGUUUCUUUCCAGGCUUGUCUUCAGGGCUGAGGUUUCAGUUUUUGCUCAGACUUAAAGUUUGAGCUCAACACCUGUCUCAGGUGCAGAAAGGAUGCUGGCUGAAGUGUCCAAAUACUUGUCCUCAAGCUUCUUAUUAAAUUUGUGGAUUUUCUGUGUGGUGGGAGAGUGGAAAAUGAAAAUGGAAUUAAAUUUUCUUAGUCUUAGACUAAGACCAGGUUCUCAUUUUCCACCCUAGAUGGUAAUUAAAUAUUCUAUAGAAAGCUAAAUAUAAUGAAUAAAGGAAACCAACAACAGUUGCAGGAAAUUCUGGGACAUUUUCUUCAUUGAAUUCUGUUCCCCUCCUUUCCAAGCAGUUGUUUUUGUGCUUGUAGGGUGAUGUUUGUACUUAAGGGACAACAAUGCACAAGGCUUUUUUCUAGACUAUAUCAAAUCUCUGCUGGUAACAGCUGUAAUUUAGGUGAAGAUUGGGGUAUGAUGAGAAAAAGAGGGAAGCCCUGCAAGAUUAUAACUGGUUAAACAGGGUGCAUCUUAAUGCCGCUGAAGGCUAGUUAUGCAGCCAGAAGCUAUGUACAUGGUGCUGCCUCCUGAAAAGGAGCAGCUGAAAUGGAUUUGGAGAUUAUGAGGGAAAAGUGCAAUCAGUGUGAGAAUACCAGUUCAGUCAAAGCAGCCUGACAGUACAGAACUCAGCCUGAGCUCUGCCACAUCAUUGCAGUUAACAGGAGAACAGCAUGAUGCUGGAGAGAAUAAGAACUAUGCUAAAUCUGCAAAUAAUCUUUACCUUUGUAUAAAACAUUACUGUUAUGCUGUGCAUCUGUUUCUGCUCUCUUCAACAGAGAGGUUUGGAAGGAGAAAAAUUACUCCAAAUUCUGAAAAAAUGUCCUUCUAGUGUGGGACUUGGAUGAUGCGUUGCAACAUCUUUUGGCUUCAGAAACACCAAGUUACCAAGACAACUAGUGUGUGUGUGUGUUCAUGUGCAAGAAAGCAAUUACAGGGGUCAGUGAUGAGUCCAGAGGGGCAGAUGCACGCUCCUGGGCUUCUGUGUGGAAGAUCAAGUUUUUUCUUUAAAACACAGGAGGUGGUGGAUCACACCUGACAGGUGUGUUCUCUGGUGGGUGAUGAAUUAAACACAGCACAGCCUGCCUUGUAGGAUUUCUCUCUGGCACCAGGUGUCCUUAAUAAUAUCCUAGAAAAUGCAGAUGCCCCCACAGAAAGGAGCACAAGGGUCCUGGAUGGGCAGUUGUUUGAGGUGGAAAGAGGAAGAUGGAAGUUGUGACUUCUCAGGUGGAUCAGGCCAAGGUUUCUCAGCUGGAUGCUACUACUCUGGUUUUGUCCUGUACUUUGGUAAGGUGUGCUGGACCUUGUAGCUUGGCUCAAGUGAAGGCAGGAGUGACUGGUUCCAGGAGCCCAGUGGGACAUGAGGUGACAGACAGAUGCUGGGCUGCAGUGGAGGCUGAGGCAAAAGCACUUGUGCAGCUUCCCCAUAGGUAUGUGGGGCCUUUGUGCAGUUACAUGAAAGAAGAAAUAAGAACAUUUCUCUGUGUGUAAGAGCUUCUGUGGGGUACCCAGAUAUGCUAAUGAAGGGGUUUGUAAUAUUACUCAAGCCCAUAAAAGGCUUCUUCCAGGGUAUUGGUAAUGAGAGCCAUCUCCUGGUUUCAGAGAAAUGGAAGUAAUUACAGACUAUUUAUUGUGAAAUGAGGACACACAUUCAUUCACAGGGUGCUAAAGUUGUCCAAUUAACACUGAGCUCCUGAAAUAAUAAUGAAAAGAUUAUGCUACCAUUUUAGUAAUUGGAUUUUCUCUUCCUUUGGGAAUAGUACUUAUUAAAGUAGUAGUAUAUCCUUGGUUACAGAGAGAUUUCAUCUUUUUCUUCAAGUUUGGCUGACCCAACAAAAAAGUCAGGCAAAGUCACAUUUUCUGCAGCUGUAAAAUGGCAUUUUCAAGGGUUGAUUUAUUAAAAAAAAAAAGAAAAAAAGAAAAGGAACAUUUCCUAAUGUUGCCUUAAUUUUUUAAAACUGAUUUGUUUACACUUACUUGGCUGCAGUGAAUUGACUGUGUUUCACUGAUGAAAAUAGGAUGAAUGCCAAAAUGUUUGUUGGUGGAAACAGCAGAAUGUCUGUCUGGGAUUCUCUUUGGGAUUUUUGAUUUUUGUGGUGAAAUAUCCAUGUGGUGAAAUAUCACAUGAGUACAUAUUAGCUGAAAGAAGGUAAUUUCAGUCCUGCUGAAUGGCUGUAUUUUAGUCACUCUUUUCCAAGGAGACACUGUAGUCAGUUUUCCAAGCAGAGGACAUUGAGUAGGUUUGAUAAGAUAACCUUAAAAGUUUGAUUAGGAAAUUGCCUCCUUCCUGUGCUGGUUUGCUUCCAGAACUGCACUAAGCUUUUUGAGGAUGGAAAGGAUACUUUUGUAACCCAUAAUUAUAUUCCUACAGUUAAUCAUUUUGUUCCAGAGUUGUCAUUUUGCCUAUUCAAAUGCAUAGUGUGGAGAGGUUUUUUGGAUGGUCAAAUAUAUCUCUGGCCUUUGUGGCUUUGAGUCAAAUGGGACAGGGGUGAAAACCAGCAUCCUGCAAGAGCCACAUGCACCAGAGUUUGUUGGUGAUUCAGAGAGAAAUUUGCUGUUACAGCGCUGUGAGAUUCUUCUAAUCAGUUGACCCCUGCAAGGAGCUUCAGGCUGCUUCCUCUGUUGGUGAUAUGUUUUGAAACCUUUGCUUUAUGUUUAAAAAAUAAGUGUGUGUAUGUGCAUAACUGUUCAGAUAUGCAGUUUCCAUAGUGUGGUGCUUCAGUUAGAAGGGCAAGCUGAGGUAGUGAUCUAAGUACUUCCAAAUAAAAUCUCACUCUGGUCUUGAGACCUUAUGUCCUUGUUCAGUUUCUUUCCAUGAGCUGCCUGAAAGCAAACAAGUUUUUUAGAUUCCUGAGCUCUCUAUAGCACAAUAUGCUAUGUAUUUGUAGUGCUUAACACCAUCCACUCAUCCAAAUAAUAAAACUACCUUAUUUUGAGAACAAGGGUUUGGAGGAGGUCACAUUCCUCUCAGCUGAUACAAAUCAAUGUCUACCUUUGACAUUGGUUUGCUUCUGGUUUUGCUGUCAUCCUGCCUAAGACUCACUUUUCUUCUCAGGGUCUGAUUAAUGCCUCUUUUCCACAGUGGAAUUAGAACAUGGUUUACCAAAGCAAUUUGUGCUUCUUUGCUUGAGAGAUGUAGUUGUUCACCACUGCGGGAGGAAAGUAAUUCCUCCCAUUGUUCUUCCUGAGGUUUGGCUAAGUUAUUGCAGUUCAUGCAGUUUGGAUGUAAGGAUGAUAAAGACAAAAUACAGCAAGAGGUACAUUUCAGUUUGAUUUUUAAAUAUGCUCAUUCAUUCCUUCCUAAUUAAUAUUUAGAAAUGUGCUGUCAUGUACUCAGAUUCACUUGUUGCUUUGCUGCUACAUACCACUUCUCACCAGUGUUAGUCAGUGACAUGAAUUAUUUAAUGGGCAUACUGUGCAACAGAAACAGCAUUUUUAGCUGGGCUGUUAUGUAUUUGGACAGAUACAGAAAAAAUUACUUUUUGAGGGAGCUGUCAGAUAUCUGCUUUUUAAACAUCAAAACUAUGAGCCCUGAAUACUGAAGAAAAUGUUGUAAUGUUCCAGCCAUAUUGACUCCAAUGUCCCAUUUGGGUUACCUGCCAAAAAUAGGUAGUGAAAUCCCAACUCUGACUGAGAGACAGCUGGGAAAUACCAGUUUUGAAGCAACUCCUUAGGCCCUAAGAAAACUUAGAUGAAUAAUCCUACAAAUGGACAAUUUCUCUGUUGUAUGUGCUCUAUGCAGCAUUGAUCUGCUUUUUAUGAGGUUGGAAAAGAUGGAUUCUGGUUAUCUGUUCUUAACACUUCCUUUGAAGGUCUUUCCACCUUCAAAGCAGUAUAUGAACUUUAGUUAAUUAACCUUCUUUGCACAUCUUACAUCUGGAAAUGUGAAGCAUUUUUCUUCUUGCUGCUGAGGAUAUUUAAGGACAGACUAUACUGUAAUGCCUGCAAGACAUUUCUUCAAAGUGAAUUGAGGGUAGUUUUUCCCUUAUGCAGUCAUGUUCUGAACAGUUUGACUAAUCUCAGCAGAGAAGGAAGUUGCUUUGUACAGGAGAGGCAGAAUAUUCCUGGCUGAAAUUGUCUUGCUUAUUCCUUUCUUUGGUGGUAAUAUGAUUUACGUUGUCUUCAGGCAUCCUGGAAAACUGACUGCUGGAACUCAAGGAAAAAGGUGUCAGCUGGUGUGUACUCUGGCUGCUGGAUGUCUGGUAGGGAUGAGUUAGAGCAGAGCUGAGGUAGAAAGAAUGAAAGAUUUCAGUGUGCAGCACUGGGAAGUCAGUAAUUCAGGUUAGUUCUUGCUUCACUGUCGAUGAAUCUUGUAAAUCAAUUUUUAUACCUCUAAAGAAUAAAGAUACUAAAAGUAACAGCAGAUGUAAAGAAGCAGAAUAUAAGUGAGGACUGGACUUGGGUGAAGCUCAGAAAAUUAAAUAACUUUUAUAGGGGUGUUGGCUUUUGCCUUUGAGAUCAUUCAAAUCAUGUAGAUAAAGAGAAAGCAACUGUUGACACUCAUCUGUGUGCAGGAAAAUAAAAAAUCUAUAGCAAUAUUCUGAGCAAUACACAGUUUUCUUUUGGAUUUCACUGCCAUGAAAUAAUAUCAGAGCUUAAUUUAUUUUAGUUUUAGGAAACAGCCAUUAAGGGCUGGAGUUGUACUCCAUGGAGUUGUCAUGGGAUGCUGUUAGAUUUUGAGUGCUCUUGAAAGAGCUCUGUUCCUUGAAGCUAAGUCAGGUAAUUUUUAUGAUUAAUUCACAGCACUCUUUCCCUUUCCACAUGUGGCUACUUAGCUAACCUCUGAGUUAAAUUUAAGAAAUGUGAACACUCAAAGUAGUGAUUGUGCAUGUGCUAAGCCCUGUAUGAUCAGAACAGCAGGUGCAUUAGGUGUGCCAAAUCAGGGUUGUUUAGUUCUUAACUAAAGUGGAAGUUUCCUGGGGUUUCACAGAUGAAACUCAUGGGAAAUUUGGUUUGGUUUUAUUUUAUGUGGCCCUGAACAAUUUAUUGUGCUUUAAAUAGAUAUGAUUUGUGGUCCUGUAGUUCUCCAUGCAGAACACUUGGUAUCUGAAACAUCAGAAUGGUAAUAACUCUUAUUUCUUCAUACGGGAGACAGAUACAUACUUUGUUGAUGGAAAAAUGUGAAUGAGGAAAGUGCUCUCUAUUCCCAGGAAAGAUGCUGAGUGCAGCAUUUUGUUCUUCCAACAUCCAUGUGUGCCUUUUUACCAUCAAGGGCAGUUUUGCUCUGGAUGGGUAACCUGCAGAGCUGGGGGGACUCAGCCCAUUCUCAAUACUUGGCUUCUGGCCAUCGCAAUAGGAAGUUUGGCCAAGCUCAGCUCCAUCAGCUCUUAACUUUCCACUUAGAGCAGCAAUUCUCCCUGAGUGGGAUGCUGCAAUGGUAAAAAGACAGUCAGACUGUGCGACCAAAGUACUGUUUAAAGGUGGCUGUAUAUCUCAGAUCAGGGGCAGUCUUGCUUCCCCUCGUUCCUUCCAGAAGUUUAAUUCAGCUCAUGGUCUCAGGCAGCAGUCACGCAGAGCGGCGCUGCACCCUUUCCUCAGGAUGCAUCUCGUGCAGUCCAGUCUUUGUAAAGACCACAUCCUGAACUGAGAGGUGAGGGUCAUGUUGCCACACCUGGAAAUGAGAAACCUUUUCUUACAGUUCUUGUAAAAAUCAAGACUAAGUGAUGAGCCCUGGGCAAAGGUGAGUGGAAUCUCCCCACCCUAUCCAUGGACCUUUUGGCACAGCGUUGUGCAUUGUGAAACCCUGGGUGAUAAAGGGAGUGCUGCUAUUUCUGUCUUUUGGCGCUGUUGGCUCCCCGCUGCAGGUUCACAGUGAUAAACUGGCUGUGAACUGCUCCUACGAAAUAGUUAUGGUGGUGGCUGUGCUUUGUCCUUUGGUGGCAAGGCAGAGCUUGCCAUGCGGGAAUGAGGAGUGGCUCGGGUUGGUAACAGUGAUUUGUGACACAUCCCCACCUAUUCGGAAGAAUAAAUAUGGGCAGGGUCACACAGUCUUUCCUCAACAUCCUCAUUACCUUGAAAUGACACUUUCCAAAGGGGCAUUGCUCUUGCCCUGUGUAAUUUAAAAUGAUGGCUCUGUGCCACUUUUAGGGUGGUGCAUUUUCUACUGUAAAAUGUUUGCAUUGUAGUCAUUAUUUAGAGUUGUUUCCUCCACCACCCCUAAUUCUGAGAAAACCAUAGGUAAAAUACGGAGAAAUGCUGGUAGAAUUUCCAGCCCAAGAGACAGACAUUCACUCCUCCCCAAAUGGAGGCAGACCAAGCAGUGUCUUCUGCAGUAGUGCCUCAUCUCUGUCCUGCUAGGACUAAGAAAAAUUCUGUGUGCCCAGAAACUACCAGCAAAGGUGCUGGCAGCCAGGUUAAUGCCAAGGCUGGGAUCAAACCCAUUCCCUUUGUGCUGCUCCUCAAAAAGGCACUGGGCAGCACAGGCUUUGAGCUACUGCACUAACUUGAAUCAGGACUGCAGUGACAGCCCAGCUAACAAAAAGCUCUGCAAUUUAUAGCUGCUCUAAAGUCCCUGGGAGCUUUCAAGGCCAAGUUGAAAGGGGUUCUGAGCAACCUGAUCUAAAUGCAGGUAUCCCUGCUCAUGACAGGGGGCUUGGACUAGAUGACCUUUAAAAGUCCCUUCCAAUCCAAACUGCUCUAUGAUACUUUGAUUCUGUUAUCUGGAAAGUGAAUAAAAAUAUUGUUGCUCCGAGCAGAAGAAGGUGUGUGUACACAGUCACCACCCUCCUCCUUGUCCUGCACAGCAGGAUUGCACCAGGGUCUUGCAGUCUCCCUUCUAAUUAUGAAUCUGCUUUAACCCUUUAAGUGGCAGCGUGUCUUUUGCUCGAUAAAGCGGUUAACUGCUGAGGGAUGUGUAUAAACAUGUUUACUCUUCCAUAAAUCUCAUUAUCUGGCAAUUCCUCACAGUAGCUGGAGCCUCAUUUCAUGCUGUUUUUUCUCUUAUUAGAGGUCAGAGGGAAUGACUGAGCAUGUAAAUAAACUUCCCAACAAUUUUACACCCUGCUGUGGACCACCCUGAGAGCACAAGCCUGCCGUUUGAGCACUCUUUUCUUGUAAGGCAGCUGGAAAGCAGUAAAAAUCUCAGUUCCCUCCUAUAAGCCCAUCACAUUAUUUUGCUCUUCUGUUCCUGUACACCUCCAGUCACAUGCCUGCAAGUUCUUGUGAAGCUGAGUAGACUGACCGAGCCAGCUUUGGAUAGCCAAGGCAAGACAUCAAGUAACUUUUGUUGCAAUUUCCUGGGCCCCUGCUUAGCCAUCAUAUAAACUUGGCAUCCUCAGUGCAUUUAGCACCUGAAUGUUCCAGGCUUCUCAGUCCUUUCACAUGAGUGUCUAGAAGCAUUAUGACUUCUGCCUCAUGCCAACCUCACUGGCAGGGAGGGGGCAUGGAAGUCCCUGAUAAAGAUUUAUUUUUCAUACAUUCCCUAAAGGCAGACUGUGGGAGAGCUAGGUACUCAAAACUCCUGUUUUCUUGCUCUCAGGACAACACGUAAAAUUUAUUUAAUGAAACAUGAAACCAGUUUUUAAUAGAAGUGCCUGUAACUGGUAGAAUAAUAACCCAGAAUGGCUCUUCCAUGGAGCUGUUGGUCACAUUCACCUUCUCUGGCCGAGUAUCUAUAGAUCAUAGCACUACGGAUAUUCUUUUGCAUCUAAAAAUUUGGAGUUAUUAUGUCUAGAUUGUAUUGAGGUUGUGAGUUUUCACAUGGCUUCUUGAAUGUUUUUAAAAGGUUAAAGCUGAGGGAGAAAAUGGUGUCACUGUGGAGGGAAAGGAAGGUCACACUUUCCCUAUCUCUCUGUAUCUGAUUGCCUGCUCUCUCCUUCCUCUGCCCUUCCCAGCCUAUGAAUAGGGAGUUCGGGGGUGUUUCCUGCAGGCCAGCUGUAGGAUCGUAGCUGGAAAGUCUCAGCUACAAGUGCAGAGCACGGGCUGGAUGAGAAGUGAUGAGUUACUGCUGACUGAUCUCAGCUGAUGGGGGAAAAAAUGACUCCUCGGUGAACUGGGCUUGUUCCCAAAAAAAGAAAUCCAUCUCUUUGAGAAAGAGACUAAUGGAAUACAUCCAGCAGCUCUGCUGGCCCCUGGACAGCGGCUUGCACUGAAGCCACCGGAUGAGGCGUUUCGUGGUGUCAUCGUGCGAUUAUUUAUAUCUUCCGUUGAUUAGCACAUUUGUUUCCCCAAAGCAGAGUGGGUGUAUGAUUUGCUAUUUUUUAUUCUUUAUUAAUUUCUAAAUAUAAACCAGUCCUGAAGGGUGUGUAGAGCUGUCCUGCUGAUUGAUUUGUAUGGGAUGGGAGGAGGCUGAAGAACUACCCCUACCCGCAGAGGUCUUCUCUCCUUCUCAGCAUUCACAAACUUCUGAGCCAAGAAAGGAAUUUUCCUUGCUGCCUGGUGGCUCUUUACUGGAGGAAUGGUUUGACUUGGUCUGCAAGAUUAAGAUGGUUUUAUAUCUCUUAGCUUGAACACAACAAAAAUUUUAUGAAAAUAAAAAUUUGCAGGGAGUGGUGGUGCUGUAUUUUUUUGCUUGAGCAAGACUAAAUUCUGACAGUUGUAAGCUUCUGUGCAAAUACGUAGCAAGGAGGACUAAGUUUAGGGGCAUUUUAAUAGCGAUGAACUGCAAAUGAAAUGUUCUUGAAGGAAAUUUGCUGAUAGCUGUAGAAAACUUACCUGACUGAACAAAUAUAUUAGGAAAAUAGUCUCAGUUCUUUCCCUCCUGCUUUGGUUAUGUGUUUUUUUUUUUUUCCCUAAGUAUUGUAUGAAGUUACAUUUCAGGUUUGUAGUAAUUUGAAUUUUAGAAGUGCAAAGAGAUUUUUUAUGUAUUUAGAAAUCUAAUAUUUAUAUAAAUUGAAAAGAAGUGAAUGAAACUGCUCUUCUAUUUCUGCAAAAGCUGAUUAAUGUUUAAACAAAAGGAACACCAAGUUCUCAUACUGGGUCAUAUAUACUCAUUUCAAACUGUAGAAGGUGUAUGGCUGGAGGGCCUCUCUACUUUUGAGUUUGUGAAGAACAUUUUCACAAGGCUUUCCUAUGUGCCUGUCAGAGAUGAUUUCCCAGCAAGUAGUUCACAGGUAUUUCUCUAGACAAGCAGAAGAUAUUGGUUUCCAUCUCAAAGCUUAUUUGUCUUUAUCACUGGAGUCAGUGUCCAGUGUUAAAGGCAGUGAAAGACUUCAAAAAUAUUUUAAAAUCAUAAGUAAGAUUUUUUUUUGAUUAGUUACUGAAGAUCACCAACUUCGAAAAAUUAAAUUCUGUUCUGAUUAUUAAAAAAUUCCUUUGUGCUCAUCUUUUUACAGUGAUGUUUUUCUUAUCUACUUUACCUUUGCCUCUGCAAGUUUGAAGUACAGUACAGCAAAAGGACAAAGCACUAAAAAGUUAGCAGGAAAGUUUUUCCUGUGAGGAACCCAUGUACCUAAGGCUUCAGGUUCAGGUACUAGACCAGAUCCAGAUGUGGUAUACUUUGAAAUAACAAAUUUUUUGAUAUUUGCAUGAAAUGUAUGUCAACCUAUGCCUAUGGAAAGGUCCAGCCACUUCUAGCAGCAGAUUCUGUUGGGGUUUUUUUCAGCUUGCACUUUCUAUGCUGAGACUUAAAACUGGUGUAGUGUGUAAAUGGAAGGUGUCAGACAUUUACAGUUGUGUAAGACCUGACUCUAACAUUAUUAAAUGGACCAUAGAUAUCAGGCUUUAUAAACCAGAGUUUAACUGAGGUAAGGUAAGCUCAGUUACUGUGUAUGAAAAAGCUUAUCAGUAUGAAAGUAUAUAGGGAAAAGCAACAAGCAUUUUAUCAGCUGAAAACUGGAAAAAUCUAGGUGCUAUGUUUUUGACAAGUCCAAAAAUAGGUAGCAGAGGCAAAAAAGUUUUCCACUGAUGUGUUCCCAUUUCAGAGCCAGCUGAGUUAAGCAGAGAUAAAGUGGCUUUUCAGAUCCACUGUGAAGUAGCUUUUACUAACACUCCUCAGUCUUUUUACUUAUUUACUUUCCUGUAUUGACAUGUGACCAUCCUUUUACAUGACAACUGUCAGAAUAAAUACAGAUUCCCUAGGAACAUGCUAGGAAAGUACCCACCUUUUUUUUUUACAGCUAUAAUCUCAAAGGCUUAGUGUGCAUUUCUUGCUAUCAGAGAAGCAUUUGCGUUGAAUUUCAGGGAUGUUGUGUGUGCUUUACCUUUGAAACAGAGCAUCAGAGCCUCCUUAAUCCCAGGACACCCUUGGGACCUCACUAUUUGUGGGGAUGUUGUCUUUUGUAGCAGCUUGUAUUCAGAUUGCAUUUAAAGACCAUGAGCCUUUGUGGCAGGUGGUAGCAAGACACUGGAUCCUUAAUUAUCCUACAGUGACCUCAAGGAAGGACAUCUGACUUUUUUAUAUCACUGAAAGGGAGGAAGGAAUAUCUGAAAGUUGCAAAAGUCCAACUGUGCUUCAACUGAGUCAUGAGGACACUGUUGGGGAACUAAGUUUUCCUCCUAAAAUUCCCAAAAAUUAGCUCAGCCUUGAGAGCACCUUAUAAAAGCAAGGUAGUUUAAAAGGUCUCAGGUUCUUCAACAUAGCAAAUAGUUUCAAAAAUUGUUAUGAUCUUGCCUGUGACCUUAAGGCUAAACAGCAACUUCUGUCUUGCUAAUCUCUCUGCUUUGAUAUUUUUUCAUUUAUUCUUUCCCACAUAUCUAUUUUUCCGUCUGACUAGUUGGGGAUGUUCUUCUGUUCUUGGUGGACAACUUGGUACUAUAUUUGUUCUUUGCUCCAUAAAACUCUGAUAAAGAUUGAAUACAUACUGUGCACACACAAGGAGACUACAGAUUUAUGAUCAGGGAUUGGAUAUCCCUUCUUAGAAGUGCUUUGAUCGUGAUUAGCAUUUGCGUAAUAGAGUCCAUCAGGUGUUCUUUAUAGAGGAAGUGAAUUAAAAGCUUUCCUUUCCAAGGAAAAGGAAGAAUGUUGUACAUUAAACACCUGUUCUGUAGUAUCAUCUUUGGGGUGUUUGUACAGGGAGUGAAGGCCUUGUUAAUUCUUCAGUGGUAAGUUAUCUUUCCAGAGCAAGUGGGACAAUUACUGUCUUGGUGCUGCUUAUCAGAGCUAAUAAAGACUCACUGCAGUCUGUUGAGCCAGCAGGAGGAACAGCAGCAGCUAGUAAAAGAAUUGAAUUCUGGAGGUGUGAAUCUUCACACGACAAUCAAAACAAUCUGCCUUUCACCACAAGUGCUCUGCUACUGAUUAUUGCCAUAGCAACUAUGCUGUAUUGAGUAAAAGAAAACAAAGUCUGUGAUUUACUUUUAAACAGAAUUCUGACUGUUGUCAGGGGACAACUUGCAUUCUUAAAUUUAAAUAUAUGUUUAAAUACUUACUAGAGCUGAACAGCUCCCAGAGAUAUUAUUAUGCCUGGAGACAAAAUCUUGCAUUUAGCUGGGUGGAGAUGCCUCUUUAAUAGUCUGUUGUGGCAAUGAAUAAUGAAAAUCAUAAUCUGGCAUUCAAAGUUAAGGCUUCCUUACUUCAGAACUGUAUUUUGAAACAGUGGAAACUAAGAAGCUUUGCUGGAACAAAACUAUAGGACACAAUUAACAAAUAGUAUGAGAAACAGCAAAGAUAUUGCACUGCUGAAGCAAGAGCAUUGCUGUACUGUUCAGUGGAAGCUGUCCUUGCUUGGUACCCUCUCAGCUAUGGGGAAGUAAACCCAUGACAAAUCAAACUGUCUAGGGUCAAUGGCAUCAAGAGUUGAAAGUGAGGACACUUUGACCCAGAUGCCCUUGGUAAGUUAGUGGCCAUUGCCUCACACUUCCAAAUACCUGGUUUGCAGGUUACUUAUGUGUGGUCAAAGGUUUUAAGGUUAUUUGUUCAUGCCUGGAACCUCGGCUUUUGAUAUCCACAACUUCAGGAUGUCUUGCUUUGUCUUUGUGCUAAGUCCAAUAAACUUUGCUUUAUCAGCUCCUGGCA